UGAUUCCCCCCACUUACUAUACCUGCAUGCACUUCUCCUGGACAGUAGGUGGUGCUAGAGGUUCACUGUUCUCCUUAGCAUUGAUGGCAUCUCCUCCAGCAGGCUCUGUACUCUCUGAUACAGCUGUUAUGGGCUUGUCGUUUUCACAGUGACCUUUCACAUGAUGUAUUUCAAUGGAAGCAAUACCCGUGCCGUCGACAAAUCUGGCGUCCAAUCCUUUUUCGGUGGACCCGCCCAGUCCAGGUCCGUUCGGGUCAUGUUUCUCAGUGGGAGCCAUAUUGGAUGGACACCACUCUUCAAUCUCCAUUUCACUUUCUUCCAGACCAGUUGGAACCUCUCGGAGCUGUUUAGUGACUAUGAAACAACCUUCAGACUUUUCAACCGUAGCACAAACUGAGCUACAGAUCACUUCCUGAGCAACUUCAUCUUCCAUCGCAAUCUCAUCAGGGUCCUCGCCCACUUUAUUAUCAGCAUGGGGCAUAAAUUCUACUCUUGUGAUGUUCACAACUUUUAGAAAGCUUUGAGUUCACGAGUUGUAGGAUUUGAAGUCGAUCAGUCAGAGUUCACAUCAGUGAGUCUUCUCGUACAUAAAUCUGUAACCUACAAACUCAGGAGCAAACUGUAGGAUACUGAUGUUUUGCCCAAAAUGUUUUAAUAUUUGCCUCCGCUUACACACACACACAACAUGCUCUACUAAACAAAUACUGCACAAAACCACCAUUACAUUUCAAGUUGAACAAAAAAGAUGUGUGUGUGAGAGAGAGAGAGAGAGAGAAAGCGGUAGGAAUGAUGGCUCCAGAUCUGCUCCCCCAGCCCCCACCCAACCGUGUCACUCGAUCCUCUUAGGGGUCAGAGGUCACACCCUGGUUAGGGCAGAAUACAGGAAUGACCCCCAAUGAUGAAGUAUUUUUCUGCAUCUCUAUUAUUUAUGGCCUGUAUUAGGCUACUAGUUUGCUGAGUGGAUAUAAAUAAAACGUGUGUGUGAUCGGAUCAUUGCACAUUUGAGUAGUUUCCUGCUCUAACACCCUCACUUCUCCUCAGAAAGUUCUUAGUAGGUAAGUUGAAUCAGGUGUGUUGGAGCAGGAAACACGUGCAGAGGAUUCUCCAGGGCUCCAGGAGCAGGGCUGGGAAUCUCAUUCAUGUUUAUAAAGCAGCUUAUUUGAUAGCUUCAUGCCUAACAAUUCAGUUCGUGUGUUUACAGUAGCCUAGCUACGACUCUUUUUUUUAAUAAUUAUUAUUAUUUUAGUAAACAAACCAAAUUAAUGGCAUGUGCGCGCUGAUUGGUUCCCGCAGCAGCACCCGCCUUUCAUGCGCCACACGCGUGUGCGCUCCAGACUCGCCUACUUAAGGGGGGUUUCUUGGUUGUUUUAAGUUUUCACCCCCCUCUCUAUCUUGAUGACUCGCGAUGGUGUUUUCUCUGCUGCGCUACAUCCUGGCGGCUCACGGCUCCAUGGAGCCCGAGGACCAGCGUCACUUCCAGCCGUGGCGGGAUUACUUGGGUCUCGCGGACACGGUGCGUGCGAUGCGGGAAACCUCUGGUCCCGAACCUCACCAGGUCCAGGAGUUCGGGUUUACGCCCGAGAUUUCUCAUCACCAGGGCCGUAAUGCUAUAAUGCUCCAGACUUUCCCCGAGCCUGAGAUGUCCGAGGUCAGAGGAAGACCGAAAACGCCGAAGGGGCGACUGAAGUGCGGUCGUACCGGGACCACAGGGCCUCCACCUCCAUCACCUCAAGGUUCUCGCUCUGGGGAAAAGUUCUGCAGUUUCUGCAAACAUAACGGCGAGUCUGAAAAAGUGUUCACGUCGCACUGCCUGAGGAGCCGCGGCGGAGCAGUGGCGUGUCCUUACCUGCGCCGCUACGUGUGUCCGCAGUGCGGGGCGACGGGCGACCGCGCGCACACCAAACGCUUCUGCCCGCUCGUGGACAGCACGUACACCUCCGUGUACACCCGGGCUGCCCGGAAAUGACCGAAAAUCUGAACCCCACUCUCACACUCGCUAUCAAACUGUAGGUAAUUUUUUUUUUGUUUUUGUUUUUUUUUUUUUUUUAACCUGGGAAGGUGAACAAGAAGCUUUAGACUAAAAGCUGCACAGGUACGUCAGCGGUCCUUAAAGUCCGGUACUGUACCUGGAAUGCUUUUAUAUGUAGGCUUCACUAUAUUUUCAAAAGGUACUAAAGAUGUACCAGUUAUGAUUCCAUUUCAGAGAAAAGCUCAAGUACAGUUGGUGCUUUUUAUCUGAGUGUGGCUGUAGAAAGUUGUAAGUCCUUUAAAAAAAAAAAAAAAAAUCAGCAUUAUAUUUUUAAUGUCUGCAUUACUGUGCUUAUUAUUAUGGCUUAGAGCUGUCGGGUUUAGUUGUUUGAAACUCUGGAAUGACCUGCCCUGGGUUUACAGCUGUAACACCUGGAUGGCUGUGAGUGUCAAGAGUUUUGCUUUACUAACUUUGUGUGCACUUUAUUUGUGUAUGCACUUUUGUGUGUUUAUUUUGACUGGUGUGUUUUGUUUUUGAAGCUGAUUUCUCUAACUAGCUUGUGCUCAGGCCUCUCUGGCUCAUCACAGGUGCAGCAUGUUACAGGUGCAGGUCUAUCCAGGGCUUCAUGAUGGGACCGUGGAUCUCCGACCUGCUGCUAUUUUUCUGCUCCAUUUUAUUGUCCAUUCGAAGAACUUCUGACGUGUUGUGACUUUUUAAAGUGUUUUAGACCAUUUUGGAUGUGAGUUAAUAUACUUUAUAUGCAUGUAACAAGCCUCAGUGCUGCAUUUGUUUGUUUUUAUAUAUUAUAUAAAACGUAAAUGUUGGACUGUUUUGGUACGAAUGACCUCGUUGAUGCCUCUGAAUCUUCUGCAAUUCUGUAAGUUUCAAUUUCUAAUAUAUUUAAAGUGUGAGCUCCAUUGUGUCUGUUUUU